AUGAAAGAGUCACGGGCACCGUCUGAUCGCGAUGAAAGAAAACCAGAGGUAAAAGAAGAUGAUGGUGAAGAAGCAAUUCCUCACAUAUGGGAUUGUGGGAGCCCUUUAUAUGAUUCAUAUGAACUGGUUUCUCUUAGCCAUGUGAUCGAUAGGCAUAUCAUGGUUUUGCCAUCUCUUAGCGGAUCAAGACAGGGAAGGAGCUCUCGAUUUUCUCAUGCACCAAGUCAUGUGAUCCCAUCAUUUUUUUCACCUUCAACUGCAACUGAAGAAGCUGCUGCAUCAAAGAAACCAAGAAGGUCUUCCGUUUUAGUGACUUUUUUGUGCAAGUUAAUGGAAAGGAGUACGCGGAAGAGGAGGAUUUGUGGACAGAUGAAGGAAAAGCCCAAGACUGUGAAGAUCAAUGGCGGGAUUUAUAGAGUUUAUAAUAGGAUUAAUUCAAUGAGGAAAUAG